AUGGCUGCAUCUGCCCCUGCAUCUGACAGCAACAGCAACAACGGGAAAAACAACAGCGUCAGCAAUAACGGGAAAAACAACAGCGUCGGCAACGUUACCGUGACAAAGCAAAAGCCAGAGGACCAAAAUGCCGAGCCUCUCCCGUCGUUCCAGCCCGGCUUCACGGACCGGCUCGGCAUCGGCGCCUUCAGGCUGGUCAACAAGGUGAUCCCGUGGUACAAGCUGCCGGGGUUCCUGGGGGCCUUCAACCUGGCCUUUCUGCGCAUCGAGCUGCGCCAGUUCAACCUGCACGACGGCUACGCGUCGGGGGUGGCGCAGGGCUCGGUAGCCUCGGAGCCGCUGCUCGACGAGCGGUUCCUCGGGGCGCGCAACUCGGACGGCAAGUUCAACUCGCUCGAGAUGCCACUGAUGGGGUGCGCGGGCAUGCGGCUGGGGCGCAACUUCCCGCGCCAGUUCACGCCGCGGCCCAGCGACGAGGAGCUGAUGAAUCCCAACCCGCGAACCAUCAGCAACCUGUUCAUGGCGCGCAAGGAAGGCGGCUUCGUGCCGGCCACGACGCUCAACCUGCUGGCGGCGGCGUGGAUCCAGUUUCAGAUCCACGACUGGUUCAACCACGAGGAGAGCGCCACGCAGACGCUCGACGUGCCGCUGCCCGCCGACGCCGGCGACCCGUGGGUGCAGGAGCACAUGCGGCUGCACCGCACGCAGCCCGACGCGGUCCUCGACCCGUCCGACGUGGCCUGCCCGGGCUACCGCAACCUCAACACGGCCUGGUGGGACGGCAGCCAGAUCUACGGGUCGAGCGAGGCCGUCACCCAGACCCUGCGCUCCAGGCUGCCCGACGGCAAGCUGGCCCUCGACGAGCGCGGCUGCGCGGCCUUCCUGCCCCGCGACCCCGGCGGCAACCCCCUGACGGGCUUCAACAGCAACUGGUGGAUCGGCAUGGAGCUGCUGCACACGCUGUUUGCCCUUGAGCACAACGCCAUCUGCGACAAGCUACGCGGCGCGCAUCCGAGCUGGACGGGCGACCAGAUCUUCGACAAGGCGCGGCUCGUCAACUGUGCGCUGAUGGCCAAGAUCCACACGGUCGAGUGGACGCCGGCCAUCCUGGCCCAUCCGGCCCUGCAGGUGGCCAUGUCGGCCAACUGGUGGGGGAUCGUGGGCGAGAAGCUGACCAAGCUGGUCGGCCGCCUGUCCAAGACGAGCGAAAUCAUCAGCGGCAUCCCGGGCAGCGGCGCCGAGCAGGACGGCGCGCCGUAUUCGCUGACCGAGGAGUUUGUGUCCGUGUACCGCAUGCACUCGUUGAUGCCGGACAACAUCGCCUUCUUCGACGCGACGUCGGGCGCGCACAAGUCGACGAUCCCGCUGCCGGACCUGACGUUCGCGCACGCGCGGGACCCGCUCGUCGGGGCCGAGCCCGCCGUCAGCUUCGGCGACGCGCUGUACUCGUUCGGCAUCAACUACCCGGGCGCCAUCACGAACAACAACUACCCCGACUUCCUACGCGGGCUGACGACACCCGACGGGCAGACACGCGACCUGGGCACGGUGGACAUCCUGCGCGACCGCGAGCGCGGCGUGCCGCGGUACUGCGAGUUCCGCCGGCUGCUGCGGCUGCGCGUCCCGCAAACGUUCGACGAGCUGGUCGGCGGACACAACCCGGAGCUGGCCGCCGCGCUGUCCAAGGCCUACGGCGGCGACAUCGCGCUCGUCGACGCGCUAGUGGGCUCGCACUCGGAGCCCGUGAUCCCAGGGUUCGGGUUCAGCGAGACGGCGUUCCGCGUUUUCAUCCUCAUGGCCUCGCGCCGCCUCAAGUCGGACCGGUUCAUUGCGACGGCGUGGAACGCCGACACGUACACCCCCGAGGGCUUCCGCUGGGUCCAGGACUCGGGCAUGAAGGAUGUGCUCGGCCGCCACUUCCCCGAGCUCGUGCCCACGCUCGCCCGCAGCAAAAAUGUCUUUGCGCCGUGGGAGAUGCUGGCCGAGAGCAAGAACUACGGCGGCGUCGAGACCAAUGCGCCGGCUAAGAAGUAG